UCUGGUUUUGAUAUCUCGUCUUAUCGUUAGAUAUAAAGAAAUUGGUUCGCACCAAGGCUUCCGGAUCUUCUGGCGAAACAAAGCGCGGCAAAACAUUUCUAGAGGGGUUCUCGAUUUUCAUUCGACUGUUUUUACGUUCACGAAGUAUGUCGGCCCUUCGAGUGUCGUAGGUGUGAUAUACACAAAGAAUUCCUUUCCACGAUUUUCCCGAUCGAAGCAACGUAUUAUGCGAGAUGAUAAGCGAGGCCGACUGACUUAUCGUUCGAUACGUUAUCCAUUUGACAUGUACUGAAGUAACAUCGAAAAUUUGGACUGUUAGAAAUUAUGUUGGUCGAGAAAAUAGGUUAUGCGGCGAUCAUAUACUGGGGAUACAAAUUUUCCCGAAACAUAAUAUACAAAAUGUACAGGAACUUUUUUACGGCGUCGUCCGUCGAUUUGUACUCGAUGGGUAAGUGGGCUGUUAUCACGGGAUGUUCCCAUGGUAUAGGAAGAGCUUACGCCGAGGCACUCGCUCGGAUAGGAUUAAACGUGAUCCUCGUCAGCCCUGACACGGAGAAUUUAAAGGCUAUCGCGAGUAACAUUGAGGUGAUGUACAAUGUGAAGACGAAAGUUAUCAAAUUAGAUCUGUCCGAGGGUUUGGAGACGUACAAGGUGAUCGAAAAAGAGAUGUUCGGUUUGGAAAUCGGUGUAUUGAUAAACAAUCUCGGGAUGUCUUAUCCGCAUCCAGAGUACUUUCUCGAUUUACCGCAUAAGGAGAAGAUCUAUAUGAGUAUCGUACAUUGUAACGUCGUUGUCGUCACUAAUAUGUGUCGUAUCUUAUUGCCACAAAUGGUCGUCAGAGGGAAAGGAGUGAUCGUGAACGUUGCUUCGAUGGUGGCCGUUUUACCGAGUCCCCUUUUGACCGUAUUCGCAGCUACGAAAGCGUACGUCGUCAAGUUUACCAGAGAUUUGCAGAUCGAGUACGCGAGACAUGGAAUAAUCGUGCAAUGCUUGCUACCUGGAACCGUCACGAACCACACGACGGAUUCACCGAGGCCAGGCUGGAUUGUCCCGACACCGGAGAAAUACGUUCAAAGCGCGAUAAAAACGAUAGGCAAAGAAAACGUGACGACUGGUUUCUUGCAUCAUUCCAUUCUGAUCGGAAUAAUUAAAUUGAUCUAUCGAUUAUCGCCGAACUCCAUCAUCGUCUGGAUGAUCAACAUUAUGGAAGGGAAUCGAAACAACGCUCUACGUCGAUACAUCGGAUGAUAUUUGUACAAAUAUUUUUAUAUAUACGAAACUUAAUUUAAGGAACAGCUUGCAAAUUUUAUCGUUCUUACAAUACAAUUAUAAUCGUAAA